AUGCAUCUUCUAUCUAUGUUUUUAGCCGGCAUCGGCGUUGUCAAUGCCCUAGAAAAUGGAUUGGCACGCACUCCGCAGCUAGGAUGGAAUACUUGGAACUCGUUCGCUUGCAGUAUGAAUGAAACUGUCAUCCUAGACGCAGCUAAGAAGAUUGUCUCCCUGGGCUUCAAGGACUUGGGGUAUAACUAUAUCGUCCUGGAUGACUGCUGGUCUGCCGGCCGCAAUUCCUCAGGAUACUUGAUUCCAGAUGCACAGAAGUUUCCAAAUGGUAUAUCGGAUGUAGCGGACAAGAUACAUGCCUUGGGGCUCAAGAUCGGGAUCUAUUCGAGUGCGGGUACAUUGACUUGUGCGCGGUAUGCAGGCUCACUGGGACACGAAGAGAAAGAUGCCGCGGUUUGGGCGAGCUGGGGAGUAAGUUCUGAAUUUAACCUGCUGUUGGAUAUUCUAGUGGUCGGGCUUCUGAUUCAUGUCCAGAUUGACUACCUCAAAUACGAUAAUUGCUAUAAUCAAGGUGAAGAGGGCACUCCCAAGCUUUCCUAUGACCGCUACAACGCCAUGGGCAAGGCACUGAAUGACACUGGCCGGCCGAUCCUGUAUUCCCUAUGCAACUGGGGCAGCGAUGGGCCAUGGAACUUCGCCCCUACUAUCGCCAACUCGUGGCGUACUAGUGGUGAUCUCUCUAAUGUCUGGGACAAGGAGGAUGUCAACUGUCCCUGUGCAGAGCUCGAUGGUUUGGACUGUAAAUUGCCAGGAUAUCAUUGUUCGAUCAUGAACGUCGUCAACAAAGCCGUAUACUACCCGUCCAAAGCAUACGCCGGAGCAUGGAAUGAUCUCGAUAUGCUUCAGGUUGGGAACGGCGGUUUGACUGACGACGAAGCAACCUCUCAUUUCAGUCUAUGGGCAGCGCUCAAAUCACCCCUUCUGAUGACAAACGUCUUGAACAAGAUCGACGAACCGACCAUCUCCAUUCUGCAGAAUACCGCCGUUCUCGCCGUCUCACAGGACCCUACGGGCUCAUCGGCCAUCCGUAUGUGGCGGCACUAUGUGGACGACGGCGAGAUCCAGAUGUAUAGUGGACCACUAAGUGGUGGUGAUCAGAUCGUCUUACUUUUGAACGGUGGCUCCAGUGCCCGGGAUAUGAAUGCCACGCUUACUGAUAUCUUCUGGGCCAAUGGGCCGAAGGGAACGGCAUCGCAGGUGCGCAGCGCGUGGGAUGUAUAUGAUCUGUGGGGUGGGAGAAUGAGCAACGCCACGGCUCAGGGGAUUAUCCAGGGCGAGAGUUCGACUCGGCCGAUUGAUAUGCCGAAAUUGGGCGGUGCGAGCAAGGUCUAUUCGCAGGUGCCGUUACCGGCGUCGAAGGCGUUGAUGGGUACUAAGGUUGGGAGUGUCAAGGCCAGUGGCACGGUCAAGGCGCAUGUGCGGCCGCAUGGGGUUGCGAUGUUGCGGCUGAGAGCGCAAAAGUCGAAUGAUGAGCUGUGA